UGACCCCUUCUGCGGCCAAGGCACCCAGAAUGCAUUCAGGGACUCAAAGUCACUCAUUUCAACACAUUACUGUGGGACACCUGCUGGGUGCCAUUACUUGUGCUGGGUGCUGGGAAUCCAGAGGGAAUAAGAGUUGGUUCCUGCCUCCGCAAAGCCUGGAAUCUAGUGAAGACAGAGAAAAUAAUUGGAAUAACGAGUUAUUCCACCAUACUGAUGGAAAGUGGGCAGAAUCCUUUUCAGACUGUAGCAUUUGCACUUGUUUUUAAGAGCACAUAAGAAAUUGCAAAGUUGGAGCAGGGCACCCAUAGUCCAAGGAGCAGAGUGAGUUCAAGGACACAGAGGAGAUUCAAAUGGACUGGAAGGAGGACUGUGAGGGUCCCCCAGGCAGUGAGGCUGGAGGGGCAGAGAGGCAAGGCCUGACCCCCCAGCACCUUGUAUGCCUUAUUGAUGUUUAAGCUGACGCUAUUUGAUUCAGACAAAAGUGGCUCCACUUUUGUGGAAGUAUGUCUCUGAGAGAAGUUCCCUAGUCAAUCUGAGCACCUGAUUCUGUUAGGUGUGUUUCAAGGAUCCCAUACUCUGACAGUCUUUGCUGCUACCUUCAUAGACACUGAAUGACACUCCUGUGCAGCCUCUGUUUUAUGUGUCAGGAAUCCUGAAAUAGCCAUUCCCACCAGCCCUUAUUUCUAUCUGGUUAAUCACAGAUCAGGUGCCUUUAUGCUCUCUGCAAAGUCCUGCCCAUUAAACACACAGAUGGCACCAGAAGGUAGCCUAGGGGACAGUUCCUGAAAUGAAAGAAGAGAUUAGAAACUGAUGUUGCUUUGUAUUUACAUAAAGGAGAAAGAUUAUAAAAAAUUUAAUUGAAAGUAGGUGAUUAUUAUCUAAGAUCACAUUUUUUUUCUUGCUAGAAGAAAAAUCUGUUUUCCUAUUUAAAACAGAAUGGAAGAGAACUCCACUUAGCUUUCCUUUGGUUAUCUGUGUUACCUAUCUGUUAGGCUUCUGCCACAAUUUUGUGUUGUUAAAUAUUUGUUUAGAGGUCACUGUGUGCUAGGGCCUUUUACACACAUGUUCUCAUUUGCUCCUCAUCAUAACUUGGUGACAGCUCUUGUGUCCUCCCUGUUUUAUAAGAUGAGGAAGGUAAGAAUGACAGAGGCAAAUGGCUGCCAGAGGCUCUGGGCAGUGGAUCCAAGGCCAGGUCAGUGAGGUCCCACUCCUGGUUGCCACCCCUACUCACCCACUGUUGAGCUGAGAACCAGUGCAGCUGAAUUCUGCCCCCACGUCUGUUGGUUGCUAUUAGAGGGAAGUAGGCCAUCAAGCAAUGAGCAUUCUUAUAAAAGACUGUACUGUUAUUAGCUGCUUCUGUUCUGCUCUUCUCUCAGUGUGUCAGCCUCAUCUUAGUAAACCUGUGUUCUAGGUUCUUGACAGAGAUAUUAUCUCAGCCUCAAAUUUCCAUCACCUAAUUUUUAUCAAAUAUUUUUGGAAGAACACUCCUGGCUUUAUCCCUAGAUGAAGACAGCCCCACAGAAAAUUGUGGGUUUUACAAAUCUAUCUUCUAUUUCUUUGGAGCUGUGCUUUAGUGCUUUGUCCAUACAUGAUUUAAGAUCUAAAAAGAGCUCAGAGGCCCCGCGGUGGCGGGAAGGGCGGCCCCCGCGCGGCCCCGCUGGCCUCCCGUCGGGGCGCGCCGCCCUCCGCCUCCGUCUCCGCCUCCAGGACGUGCGGCCGCCGGCUCCGAGCGCGGCUCCCCUGCCUGCGGCGCGAUGGGCUGCGGGAACUCCACCGCCGCCAGCGCGGGAGCCGGCCGAGGCCCUGCAGGAGCAGCCAAAGAUGUAGCAGAAGAAUCGAUAACGGAAGAUGACAAGAGGAGAAACUAUGGUGGGGUGUAUGUUGGUCUACCAUCUGAAGCUGCCAAUAUGGUAUACAAUCAAACAAAGACUGUACGAAAAAAUUAGAAGAAAAUGUCAUGACUUAAUAAUCAAGAGCUUGCUGGUUAGAGUUUGGAAGGAAUUCCACUCCAUGGGACACUGUAAUGUGCACAGACAUGUUCAAGGAAAUGCUAAAGGUCCCCUGCUCUGCCUCCCCAUCUCCCCCUCCCUCCCGCAAAAUUCCUAAGUCUGUAGUUAAAACCAUGGGUACGUUGUGAUACUAGAAACGAAUUGAUUAAACAGUACAGCCGCAUAUGGAACUUUCUGUGGUCGAACUGCAAAAGACAGGCUAACCAGCUGUUGCUGCCCAGCUGGCCUGCUGUGUUCCAGCCACAUUUCACCCUGGCCAUUCAGCAUGGUUCAUGAAGAUCAUGUUUUUUCACUGACACUUUUUUGAUAGUUUUUAUAUAACAAAAUCCUUAUUCUAUUUAUACCUUAAGAGAUAGUAAGGCACUGUAAAUGAAUUACAUACAGUAAUAUAUUUGUUAAUUUUCACUUUUUCUACUUCAUAUUAAUUUUUGGCUGUAAGAUUAUUAAAUUGAUUCCUAUUGUUACCUCUUUCCCUUUUUACUGUUUGGUUUUCAGCUUUAUUUAAAUAUCAGAGAACUUCCUGGCCAAUGUAUUACAUUGUAAUAUUUAAAAACAAACUGCUGAAAUUUGCAUGCCAUAUGCACAUUUUGAUUAAUUUCCUAUUUUCUUUAGGCAAAGACUAUUUCACUACAAAUAGUUCAUAGCCAUUGAGUCUCCCAUUCUACCUUGGUGUGAUCACAGGAUCUCAUGUUAAUUCUAUAGUAUUUUCAAGGACUUGUGACCAACAGUGGGAUAUUUGGAAGGUUCUUACUUUGAUAAUGACCAUGUGUAUCUACUUACUACUGCAAUGUAAAUCCCUCAAUUUACCAAUGUAUUUCAAUAAUUAAAACAUUA